GUAGCAGUGUGAGUUCAUUUUCUCAUGGAACAUGGUCAGAAUCAUAUGACAUUCUUGGAGUUGUUGACAAUUGUGAUACACUCAUUUUUAUCAAAGCAAACGGAGAAGAAGUAACUAGAGUCACAAGGAAGCAUUUAAAGGUGUCCUCACCAAUAUUGGGCUUGCUUCUAGAGGAUGACACUGAUGUACAGAGAUCUUGCUUGUGUAGCUUCAUUAUGCUUGCUUCAGAUGGCUCACUUCGUUACAUCGAGAUCAGUCAAGAGAAAAGUACCUCUACUUCCUCUGUACACUUAUUAACUAGUAGCUCCAUGGUGAAAAGGCAGUUCCCUCAGAAAGUUUUCUGCAUAGACUAUUAUCCAGAAUUUUCUCUGCUCGUUGUUGUUGGUAGUGCUGUUAACAUGGCACAAACGUCCAGUGGGAAUAGUGGAUCCUGCUGUCUUUCUGUUUGGCGAAAAUGUCAAGAUUUAGAUCUGGAACCAUUGCUCUUUACACAAUUUGAAGGGUUAUAUUCUGAAUCCGAAGGAUAUGCCGGCCAGCUGGCAUAUCCUAAGGUGCUAAUCUCACCACUAGGAAAGUUUGUUGCUACUCUAGAUAUGACUGGAUGCUUGCACAUCUUUAAUCUGGAAAAAGGAAGAAGUUCACUUUUAAAUUUUCCUGUUCACGAGAAAUCUGAAACAAAAGUGAUUGGUGGACAGUUGAAUCUUUGCGAUGAAAAUUUAAGGGAUAUUGUAGAUUUUACUUGGUGGUCUAAUCAUAUUCUCACUUUGGUGAAAGGAAGUGGCUUUGUCACCAUGUUUGACAUCCUUAGGGGUUUAAAAGUUCAGGAGAAUGAUUCUGUAUAUUCUGCACCAAUUGUGGAAAGGGUACAGAAGUUCAAAGGACAUGUUUUUUUAUUAGAUAGUAUAUCAUCUGAAGAAGGAUUUGAUUCAUCUGAUUGCUGCAAAGAAACCGACUUGAAUGAUCAGGAGCAGAUCUCUCAAGAUAAUUUCAAUCAGUUGGAGAUUUCUAGGCUGCACUGGAUUUUGAUAUCUUUUUCAGAGAAAUCUGUUACUGAAAUGUAUAAGGUUUUAAUUGGCAGCCAUAAGUAUCAGACUGCGAUGAACUUUAUUAUUCAACUUGCAGACAUGGAAACUUAUAUUGAGGAGCUUGAGCAAAGACGCAAAUUGGCAGAAGAACACAUUGAAGCAGGGAGACUUUUGGCUUUUUAUCAG